AUGACAACUACACUGAUAGCUCCAACUGAGGAUAACGCAUCACUAGUUCAAGCUGCCGAAAAAGUAGCCAACUUGAUUGAAUCAUUUAUCGAAUUGGGAAUUCUCGUUCACGACAAUCAAGGAACACCUCAAUCGAAUCUUGCAUUAUCAAACAAAAUUCAAACCUUGGCCAGUCAAUUGAAAGCUGUUUCUCAUAGUGAUGGUUUGAAAGACAAAUUGGUCCCCAUUGAUGUUGUUUCAUAUAUUGAAGAUGGAAGAAACCCGGAUAUUUAUACAAGAGAGUUUAUUGAAGUCACAGCCAAACUGAAUGCCAAACUUAAAGGCAAAAUGCAAGGAUUUAACAAAUUGGGCAAUAUUUUGAGUGAAAAAUUAGUGCAAGAGUACCCAAGAUUGGAAGCGGGGCUCAAAGAUAUCAAGAGCCGAACCACUUUUGAUAGCUUAAGCACGUAUGAUUAG